CUUGAUAGGGAAAGUGUAAUUAUAGCAUUGGAACUCUUUCCAGUUUAUCAUUAAAAUGUGUUGCCCUCGUGUAGAUCAUGGCGGGGUUGCUGUUAAGCGCCCACUUCGACACUCGGCUGCAGCGUCCAGCAUUCAGCCGCAGCUGCCUUCCCAGCCUUCAGCCUCGCCAUGCUUGACAUGAGCGACAACAUUCUCCGCGACCCCAGAGCGGCCCCGCCGUCUCGCAAACCUGCAUCGUGUUGUCUACAGAGACACGUUCACCACCGACCUAACAGUGCGCCGCCCUCAUUAUGGACGGCCUUUCAGGAGCAGCAAGCGUGAUAGCUGUCAUCGACAUAUCUGCUAAAGUCGCGUCGCUCUGCCUACAGUACUCGACCGAGGUCAAGCACGCAAAGGGCGACAUCGAGCGCCUCCAUCAAAAGGUUGGCGAAACCAAGAUUGUACUCGGGAAGCUCCAACAGCUUCUAGAUAAGCGGGGCAAGUCGCAGCUCCCUACCACUAACACGUUGUUAGGCCCGCUCCAAAGAUGUUUGGAGGAGUUAAAAGAACUCGAGGCUACCCUCCAAACCAAUCUCGAGCCUAGUGGGCCCCGUAAAGCAAUGCAGCGAUUCGGCCUACGAGCCUUGAAAUGGCCAUUAACAAGCAAGGAGGUGGAGAAGACGAUUCAGAACCUUGAGAAGUAUGGGCACACUUUCAGCCUGGCGCUCCAAGUCGAUCAGACAGUCCUUGUGGCUGAUAUAAGCCAACAGCUAGACCUGACGAAAUUGCCUGUCGCAAUAGGCGCUUCCUUCGAUUCGCAUGCCGACGAGCACAACGCACGGUGUUUGCCAGAAACACGCACUGAUCUACUGAAGACCAUUGCAGAUUGGGCAGACAACAAGGAUGGCAAAGCCAUAUUCUGGUUGUGCGGUAUGGCUGGCACAGGCAAGUCCACGAUCGCGCGGACUGCUGCUCAAUCUUUCAACAAGAACGGUCUGCUUGGGGCGAGUUUCUUCUUCAAGAAGGGCGAGGGCGAACGCGGCAAUGCCUCCCGCUUCUUUAGCACCAUCGCUACUGACCUAGUUGCCCGCGAGCCAGGCAUGCUCCCUAGUAUCCGGAAAGCUCUUGACGAAGAUUCGGCCUUGCCACACAAGGUAUUAAAAGAUCAAUUCGAGAAACUUAUACUCCAUCCGCUCUCAGGGAUGCAAAAAACACAUUCAGCUACUACUGCACGCGUAAUCGUCAUCGAUGCGCUAGAUGAAUGUGAGAGGGAAAACGACGUCCGAGUCAUACUUGAGCUCCUCACUCAGGCUAAGAACAUGCAGGCGGUACCAUUGCGAGUCUUGGUCACAAGCAGGCCAGAGCUCCACAUUCGUCUUGGCUUUCAAGAGAUGCCGAACGGGACAUACCAAGAUCUCGUCCUUCAUGAAGUUGCGAAGAACACCAUUGAACACGAUAUACGUCUAUUCUACGAGCAUGAACUUAAUGAGAUACGCCGAGCGCGCAGGCUGCGUCCAGACUGGCCGACAGGUGAUCAGAUCCAGGUGCUGGUUGAGCUAGCUGUGCCGCUAUUCAUUUUCGCUGCCACUGUGUGCCGAUACAUCGGCACAAAAGGAGGCGACCCAGAAGAGUACCUGGGAAAGGUGCUCAAGUAUGAAAAGUCAACCUUCUCCCAGCUUGAUCGAACCUAUCUCCCUAUCUUGGAGCAUUUGCUUGAUGAACAGGACGAAUAUGAGAGGGAAGCUUGGCUUCGGGCAUUUCGAAAAGUGGUGGGCAGCAUCGCCGUUCUAGAGAAUUCGUUGUCUAUCAUCUCACUUGCAAACCUCUUGCAGGUCCCGAAAAGAGAGCUAGAGUAUCGACUAGACGCUUUGCACUCCGUCCUUAGCGUUCCUGACAGUCAAGAUGUCCCUGUUCGGCUACUCCACUUGUCUUUCCGAGACUUCCUUGUUGAUCCCCAGAGACAGGACAAGAACCAAUUCUGGGUGGAUGCGAAGGAUACACACAAGAGCCUCGCGUCUUACUGUGUUGAGUUAAUGUCUGGGCCACAUGGCCUACGUCGGAACAUAUGCAACCUAUCAGGACCCGGAGCUCUAAGAAGUGAGAUCGACGAAGGGAUAAUCACUAGCAGUAUAUCACCUGAGCUGCAGUAUUCAUGUCGGUACUGGGUCGAUCAUCUCAAACAAAGUCAGCAAGAGAUAGCUGAUGGGGAUGCAACACAUGUCUUUCUCCAAAAGCAUUUCCUCUAUUGGCUCGAAACUAUGAGCCUUUUGAGAGAGUUAAGUAGAUGCGUUCACUUGCUUAACAUGCUUGAGACUCUUGUAAUUCCAUCAGCAAACAUGGUUUCCGCCUUCCUUCUGGAUGCUAUGCGAUUCGUACUGCGCUUUCAACCUAUAAUAGACGAUGCUCCACUACAGCUUUAUUCCUCUGCACUUAUGUUCGCACCGCAAACAAGCAUAAUACGAAAAGGUUUUAAGGACCUAGCUCCACGGGGGAUUAAGAUGGUGUCAAGGAGGGAAACGGACUGGGAUGCAUGCCGCAGCACGCUCGAGGGCCACUCCGGCUGGGUCAGCGCGGUGGCCUUCUCGCGAGACGGGAAGCUGGUGGCGUCCGCGUCGGGCGACAAGACGGUG